UCAGCCUUCAAGCGAUGAACGUGUCGUCUGCCAAUGUGACGGUGGUUUUAAUGUAUCGGGACUCCUUCACUAAAGCUGUGACCAAGAAUGUGAUCGUUGUGGUUCUCGGGAUCUCCAUCAACUACAUCAACACCGGCCUCAUUCACACCUUUCGAAAACACCAGAUCUUCUACAUGAAUCCUCGCUACAUCCUUUUUAUUCACCUGGUGGUCAACGACAUGAUCCAAGUGACGCUGACCAUCAUGCUGUUCAUCAUCAGCUACAUCCUCUACAAAAUAAAUGUCUCCGUUUGUUGCACCUUCAUCUUGAUCGCCCUUUUCGCCACUGAAAACACCCCUCUGAACCUGGCCUGCAUGGCGGUAGAGUGCUACAUCGCCAUCUGCCUCCCUCUCCGUCACGUUCAGAUCUGUACAGUAAAGAGAACGUUGUUGCUGAUUGGUUUGAUCUGGGCGACGAGCAUGUUGUCUGUUCUUCCUGAUCUGUUCAUCACUUUGGCCACAGAGCAGCUGGACUUCUUUCAAACCAGAGUCUUCUGCCUCAGAGAAACUGCCUUUCGAAACCCUCACAUUUUAAAGAAGAGAGAUAUUACCUAUAUAGUGUAUCUGGUUAUAGUUUGGCUUGUUAUCUUUUACACAUAUUUCAACAUCAUGUUCACGGCAAAAACAGCUAGCACAGAUGCUAAAAAGGCCAGAAACACUAUCCUCCUCCAUGGGCUUCAGGUUAUGCUCUGUAUGGCAACAUAUGCUGAGCCCCAGUUGAAAGAGGCUCUGCUGCAGUGGUUCCCAAAGAAUUACACAGACUCUUUAUUCGCAACUUAUAUUAUUAUACAGGUCCUGCCACGAUCCAUUAGCCCAAUCAUUUAUGGCAUACGAGACAAGACUUUCAGGAUGUACCUGAAACGGUAUCUGGUAUGUAAAAUGAGCCCAAAGUAA